UUGUGUAAACGGCAUUAAAGUAAACAUCAAAAUAAGAUGUUUUAUAUGUGAUUCCCCUGCUCGCGCUUUUAUCAAAGGUGUUUGCAAUUUCAAUGGAAAGCACGGUUGUCUAAAAUGCACUACAGUAGGAAAUUACUCGCAUAAUACCCAUACAGUAGUAUUUUCGUCAAAAAUAUCUCCUCCAAGGACUGAUGAAGAUUUUAGAGAAUUGAAGUAUGGUGCCCAUCAUAAAAUAGAUUCACCAUUAUUAAAACUACCUAUUGACAUGGUUGAACAAUUUCCAGUGUCAGACUCGUUGCAUUUGAUUCAUUUGGGCAUUAUGAAAAGGCUACUUACGGGAUGGAAGGACGGCAAUUUCUUCAAGUUAAAGACUAAGUGGUGUGCACGAGAUAUUGAUCAUGUUAAUCUAUUUCUCGGUAAGUGUAAGUUGCCUUCUGAAAUUCAUAGAGCAGUAAGAACUCUAGAUUGCAUAGCAUACUGGAAAGCAACCGAAUACCGAACAUUCCUUCACUAUUUGAGUUUAAUAAUUUUGCAAGAAGUCUUACCAGCAGACGCAUAUCAUCACUUCUUGAGCCUGUUUUGCAGCGUCACAAUUUGUUAUUCUCCAAAAUACAACCAUUUACUUCGGUUAACUAAAGAAAUGUUAGAAUAUUUCGUAGAAAAUUAUAAAAACUUUUAUGGUGCCGAUUAUAUUACAAGCAACGUGCAUAAUUUACUACAUGUUGCAGAUGAAGUUGAAAGAUUUGGCCCAUUGCCAACAUUCGAUGCAUACCCUUUUGAAAAUAAACUUUUUUUAAUAAAAAAAAUGCUAAGACAUGGAAACAAACCACUGUCUCAAGUAGCCAAAAGGCUAUCAGAACAAAAUAUAAAUUCAAAAUCACUGAAAACAAAAUGCUCGUAUGAAAAGCCUUUUUUAUCGAGACUUAGUGACACUGAGGUGCUUAACUUUGAGCAUUUUAUAAUUUCUUGUAAAGAGAGGAAUAAAUAUUUUCUAUCAUCAACUGAUGAUAUUAUUGAAGUCCUAAAUAUAUCAAUUAAUGCUAAAAAGAUAAAUAUACAAGGUAAAAAACUUAUGGGGAAAAUGCUAGUAUUUGAAAAACCUCUUCGGUCAUCGUUCCUAAAUAUCUACAAAGUCUGCGAAAUAAGUUUAGAGAAAAUUGAUAUCGUUCUGAGCCCUGAUGAUGUAAACUGUAAGCUAGUGUGUAUUGUCCACGGCGGAUUCCUGUAUUUUAUACCACUUUUACAUACUUUAUAAUUUGAAUAUAUAAUAUAGUGUGUUUAUUUAAUGUAUAAAUAAAAACAAGCUUUUAAAAAUAA